CCGACGGUAGAGAGAGACUUUACUCCAAGGGCUUCCUCCUCACUGGGGAAUUGCCGGAAAGAGCAAACAAAAAAGGCGCUGGUGUAGGCUCCAAAAUAAACACAUCUGAAUGCAUGAUGGCAACGACAGAGACUCUUACUGGAUUAAAAGUUUCAAAACAAAAACGCUUUGAAAAAAGGGUUGAAUGUGUCCCUGCACCUUCAGGCAUGACCAUGGAGAAAGGAGGGAACAUACAGUUGGAGAUCCCUAACUUCAGCAACUCUGUCCUCAGCCACCUAAACCAGCUGCGCAUGCAGGGCCGACUCUGUGAUAUUGUGGUCAAUGUGCAAGGACAAGCUUUUCGGGCUCACAAAGUGGUACUGGCUGCCAGCUCCCCCUAUUUCCGGGAUCACAUGUCCUUGAAUGAAAUGAGUACUGUCUCUAUUUCAGUCAUCAAGAACCCUACUGUUUUUGAACAGCUUCUUUCUUUCUGUUACACAGGGCGAAUCUGCCUGCAACUGGCAGAUAUCAUCAGCUACCUAACAGCUGCCAGUUUUCUGCAGAUGCAGCAUAUUAUAGACAAGUGCACACAGAUCCUGGAGGGCAUUCAUUUCAAAAUUAACGUGACUGAAGUUGAAGCAGAAUUAAGUCAAACAAGGACAAAGCAUCAAGAGAGACCUCCGGAGUCUCACAGAGACACACCAAACCUAAGCCGUUCCCUUAGCCCACGACAUAAUACCCCAAAGGGAAACUGGCGUGGACAGGUCAGUGCUGUGCUGGAUAUCAGAGAGCUAAGUCCCCCUGAGGAAUCCACCAGCCCUCAGAUAAUUGAACAAAGCUCUGAUGUAGAGAGCCGGGAGACCAUUCUCCGGAUUAACCGAGCGGGACAGUGGUAUGUGGAGACAGGCAUAGCAGAUCGGGGAGGCCGGAGCGAUGAUGAAAUUAGGGUUCUAGGAGCAGUGCACAUCAAAACUGAAAAUCUGGAGGAGUGGCUUGGGCCUGAGAAUCAGCCUUCUGGAGAAGAUGGGAGUAGUGCAGAGGAAGUCACAGCCAUGGUCAUUGACACCACAGGCCAUAGUUCUGUAGGACAGGAAAGUUACACUUUAGUGUCUUCAGGAGCCAAAGUGGCUCGGCCAACAAGCAGUGAAAUCGACAGAUUUAGCCCCUCCGGCAGUGUGGUUGCCCAGACCGAGAGAUACAGAGCCAGAAGUGAGUCUCCUGGGAGAAUGGAUGAACCCAAGCAACCCAGCUCACAGGUAGAAGAGUCAGCAAUGAUGGGGGUAAGUGGCUAUGUGGAGUAUCUCCGAGAACAAGAAGUAUCCGAGCGGUGGUUCCGGUAUAACCCCAGGCUCACCUGCAUCUACUGCGCCAAAUCUUUCAACCAGAAGGGCAGCCUGGACCGCCAUAUGCGCCUGCAUAUGGGGAUCACGCCAUUUGUUUGCCGCAUGUGUGGUAAGAAGUAUACCCGGAAAGAUCAGCUGGAGUAUCAUAUCCGUAAGCACACAGGCAACAAACCGUUUCACUGUCAUGUUUGUGGCAAAAGUUUCCCCUUCCAGGCCAUCUUAAAUCAGCACUUUCGUAAAAACCACCCUGCCUGUAUGCUGCUGGAGGGACCUCACAGCAUCUCACCUGAAACAACUGUCACAUCUCGAGGACAAGUUGAGGAAGAAUCACCUCCACAGGAAGAGACAGUUGCUCCUGGGGAAACUGCCCAGGGCUCUGUGUCCACUACUGGGCCAGACUGAAAUAUUGAGGGGUAGAGGGCAGACCCUCUUCCUCUUUGGGCCAUAAGCAACCCACGUCAGGGCCAUGGGCUGAUACUUAGAUUCACAAAAUGCCACAUCACUAGACCAGAUGUUCCCAAGAUGUUGCCAAAUUAGAGGGUCAGCAACAUAAACAGAAGCGCGAAAGGCUCGUCCCCUCCUUCCACAACUCACUUUGGAAAAUAAUUAAGCAAAUCAACUUUCUUAUUCAGGGAUCAACAGCCUUGGUUUGUUAACUUUAUAAGAAAAAAAUUUUUAAUGAAACUAUGAUAAAUCAUUUCUUAGCCAGUCAUGUUUGAACACUGCAUUUAGAUCCAUAUCAUCUUGGUGGCUGUAACUGCCCAGUAAAAAAUGCAAUAGGAGCCUCGGCCAUUUGAAGCAGCCAGUCACAAGAGGAGGUAGUCGUGAGGAGGAGGAAUCCUUCCCUGCCAGAAUGCGUGCAUCUUCACAUUUAAAGGAAAAAAUGAAUGAAUACUGGUGGUUCUUAAUUGUUCUGGAAGGUUAGACUUUUCUUUGCUGUUACUAGGCAGCCGGUACUUUGCUUGAUUGUUUCAUGUCAUCAGCCGUCUUGGAGCAGUGUUCUAGUGGGCAGCGUCACCUGAAGCACUUUAAGCACCUGGAAAUGACACAAGCAGCAAAGUGUUUGUAGUAGGUACUGCUGCAUUUGGGGGCUUGAAUGUUGUGUUGAGCAAGAGCGGAGCAGGGAAGUGUUUGUAUGUUUUGCAAAUGUUGAGCAACAUAGAGCCAUACUGCAACUGCCUGACUGAUAUGUGUAAACCAUAGUGUUUAUCCAUUCUUGGUGUUACGGAAAUGGCUCUAGUUCAGAUGCAUUAACCUGUUAGGCUGACUACCAAAGUUUUCAUCCAGUCUGUUUGGCUCCUACUUCCACACAACAGCAAUAUUCUACAUCAAAAAUGUCACUUUCCAGUGAAAUGAGCCUGGAUUGUAUUUUUAAUCCACAGGUGUCCAUAUUUGAUAACUUUUAUAUGAAGUUAUAAACAAUUUUUCUGCAAUAUUGUGGUUGAAGAAACUCAACACUAUUGUUCUUACUGCAACCACAAUGUCAUUUCCUUCUACAUAUGUAGUAGUUUAUAUUUUCUGUCCAAUGAAGAACCUCACUUAAAUCUGUCUCGGGUCUGCAAACCUAGGAUUCAUAAACCACCCAUCAGCACCUUGCUGGUGACUCCAAGAGCUUUGAUUUUUUAAUACACUACAGGGCACUUACCAGAAAACAUGCACAAUUGUGUUGCAAUAAAUGAUCAAGGGAUCAAUUUUGAUCAGGUCUGGUAACUUCAUCAUUCCUAAGAUUUUUAAAGCUUCAAAGGGACCUUUUUAGUAAUUCUGGGUUUUUCUAAGAUUCUUAAUCCAGCAUUGAGUGAAUUUACCAAGCAUGUAGAGCUUUAGAUGCCCUGUCUGCAUGCAGAGAAAAAGGAAGAAUACUAAGAGAUGCAGGCAGAUAGAUGCUUACAACUUAGAGUGCAAAUAGAAAAAGAGAAAAAAAAGCUCUGGUUUCUCUUGAUUUUUUUUUUAAAUAUAAGUAUUUAAUGGGUUAAGAAAUUGGUUUGUUGCAGAGACAUAGAUGAUUGUAACAGAGAUUUGGGAGAGACUGGUCAAACCUGUAUUAGAGAGCCAUUUGUGAGAAUGUUAGUUGUGUGCUUCUUUCCUGAGAAUGGUUUGUGGUAUGUGGAGGGUGGGUAAAAAAAGAAAGACUUUUUUGGCAAUGGGAAAUUAGAAUGUAAAGGGUAGCUUUAAGCAAUCUGAGAAUUGCACAUACACAUACAGCUGCACUCUAUUUCUAUAGAACAGUUUUUUUCUUUUGGAAAAGCAAAGAAGGUCAUCUUUUAGAGGAAUGGCAUGGUGCUACCAUUUGAUAAGAGCCUAAAGCAGCAUUAAAACUGUGUUUUUAGGAGGCAUCGACUGGGGCACCCUCUGUAGUUGGAUAACAGUAUGAUAGGUUGAAAACUGUCUCCUAGAGCUUAGGGGGAUUAGUUGUGCUCUGUGGAAUAGAAAAAUAGAGUUGAAAUUUGACUGGAAUCUUGUGGCUACAUUUCAGCUGGUAGUCAAAGUUUUCCAUGGACAGAUUUUGCCAUUGUUAAAUUAGGCAGGGAGCUGGGAAGCGAAUAUGCUGCUUUAAGUGGAGCUUUUAACCUACCAAAAAAAAAAAAAGAUAGGUCCACCCUACUUUUGAGACAUAGUAUGCUGAAAAGCUCUUUAUUGCUUUGUUACUUUUUUAGAUUACAUGUGGGAAAAUAGAGCUUUUUAAACUAUUACCAAAUUGCAAGAGUGAAGUACAGUAAUUUCUGUAAAGAGAAAACUUUUUGCAGCAUUUGUUAGUACUCCUUUCAGAGUUGCAACAAAUGUCUUACAUGAAGUAGGGACUGUCGAACUCAUAUGGAGAUAAUAUGUGUGUCUGGUAGGUUCCCCUCCCCGUCAUUCACCUCUGUGUGGGUUUAUACUGUAAUGAUACUGUGAAUAGAAUGCUUCCUGGUUGUCUAGAACCACAUCAGCACAGCCAUGUUUGCUGGUUCUUUCUUAAUUGACCUAACCAGAGCUAUGAAAUUCCUGAAAAUUUAAGCCAGGCUGGCUGUUAAACAAAUUAAAACUUCUGAAAACAAUUGCCCUAUUUCAGUAAAAAGAGAUAUUAUUCUAAAUAUCCAGGAUUCUUAGCCAGGUUCACUGUGACAUUGUUCUAGUUCUUAGCUAACAUCACUGUAGAAUUGUAGGAGUUGAGUAAUGUAUUGUAUACAUUCAUGAAUACCUAUAAUCGUGUGUGCAUGGAGGAUACCUCUUAAGGAUGUUCUUAAAUGGACUUUAGCUGAUGCUGAAAACUCAUUACCAAAUCUUAAUUUGCACAUGUCACCUUGUGAAGGGAACUGCAUUAGCAUUGAGAGCUAAAUCAUCAUUAAGAAACUUAAUGCCAUGAAAUUGUGAGUACUGGGAUGAUUUUCAUUUAUUGCGUGGCAUUUAAUAAUAAAGACCUACCUAUCUAGUAUUCUAAGCAAAAAACAUACUGUUUUCAUUUUCAGAUGCAUCUUCUAUUCUCUGCAAACUCUAAUACCAAGAUAAAAUCCUGCAUUGGCAUGACAGUAAUGUAGGCAGAAAGGCUCUUUCUAAUGACUUGUUCUCUUUUUUACUCAGAACCAUAUUUACCUCUAAGCUAAGUUGAGUUUUAUUUUAUGUAAGUUGUAAACUGCCCCACAUCAUUUUAUUAUAUUAAAGACUAUGUAAAAGCAAUUUAGCUUGUACAGUACAGAUAUUGGAAGAAAGCAGUUAAGGAAAGUUUUUCUGUUUUUAGCAUUCUUUCAUGUUUCCAUCUAGUCCUAUGAGCCAGGUAUGGCUUUCCAAAGGUGGUAUGAGAGCAGACAUGGAUUGUUUUCCUCCUAACUUCAUAGAUGAGAUCUGGUUGGGUUGCCGGUUGUAUGGUGGAAGAGUGAAAUAGGAAAUUUCACUUUUAAUUAUUAAAUAUUCUUUGGCCGUGAAAUAACUUUUAAAGUUAUAAGUGUUACUUGACACUAACUGUAGGCUUUUGUUUUUUAGCUUAUAAAAACUGUAUUUUAUUUAAUUAGAUUAUCCAAUGUUUAAAAAUGAGGGCAGCAAGGCGUGAUGGUAUAUACCUGCAAUCCAGCAUUCAGGAGGCUGAGGCAGGAAAAUUACAGCAAAUUUUGAGAGCAACCUGAACUCUAUAGCAAGACCCUGUCUCAGAAAAAAAGGAAAAAGAAAUUAAAGCAAUGGAUAAUGAAAAGGUAAUAGAAUUGAGCAGACAAAAGUAUUCUGAAUCAUGCAUUUAAUCAAAAAGGAGUUGGAGUUGGGCAUGGUAGCACAUGCCUAUAAUACCAAUACCGUCUAGGCUGAAGGAGGAGGGUCACUGUGGGUUCAAGUCCAGCCUGAACUACAUACAUAGUGAGACCCUAUCUCAAAAAAAGGAGUUGAAAUCCUGAAAGUUUUCCUUUUUUCAUCUAUAACAAGUGUGAUUUCUUCUUCAAAUGUCUUUCCCCUUAUCUGUAUUUGUAUUUGUUCAAGGAGUAACAGAUGAAUCCUUAUGGAAUUUAGUCUCUGAAAAUGGAGCUCUUAUGCCAUAUGAGGAAGAAUUUAAAAUAUUUUGGUAGGUGAGAUUUCAAAAAAAGACAAGCAGUUGUCAGACAUGAAGGUUCGGCAAACCACAGUCCUCAUGCCAAAUCCUAAAUCACCUUUUUGUAGAAUCAAAAUUAUAUUGGAACAGGACCACAUCUAUGCAUUUGGUUCUUAUUUAUUGGCUCUUUCUAGUGUAAUGAUAAAAGUACAUGGCCUGUACAACUCGGAAAUAUUUACUGUCUGGAAUUUGACAGAAAAAGCUUGCCAUCUCCUAAACUUGAUUUGGAGUACUUGCCCUCAAAAUUUGUUAUUCCUGCCAUUGUACUUCUAGAUGAGUGUGGUUAAGGUUUUAAAUUCAUGCUGUCAUAUUGUAUUGUUUGUUAAUUUUCUUAUUUGUUUUUGCUGUGCUGGGAACUAAACCCAGGGCCUUGUGCAUGGUAGCCAAGUGCUCCACCACUGAGCCAGGUCCCCAGCCCUUUAUAUUUUUAUUUUGAGACAGACCUCACUAAGUUGUUCAGGCUAGUCUUAAACUUCCACCCUCUGCCUCAGUCUCCUAAUUAUUAGUGUUCACCACCAUGCCAUAAGUUUCUUUAAAGAGCUUGCCAUUUUUUCUAGAUCCUUUUUUCAUAAACCAUUUUGUUUUCCUAUUUCAUGAUUUCCAUUGUUCAGAGGGUAUUUAAACUGAGUUUAUGAUUUGUUCUUGCCUUAAAGGGAUAGGUAGAUUAAAGUUUAGGAUGGUAGUUGUUUAUAAAGAGAUUUUUUUUUUUUUGUACUGGGACUUCAGGCUUUCCAAGCAGGCACUGUGCUGCUGAGCUGUAUCCCUAGCCCAUAACAAGAUGAUUCUUACAAAUAAUUCCACACAUGAUAAUAUGGUGUUAACUGGAUACCAUGUUUAUAUAGAAUGCUAUUUGAAAAGUAAUGUUUUGGCUGGUCCGAAGGUAGUGAGUUAUCUCAAUUGAUUGUUCACAGUCAGUACAGAUUGAACUCCUUGUUCUACUCUUUCCCCCCUUCUCAUUACUGCACUUGACUAGUCUAAAAAAAGAAAGAAGAGUAAUGUUUUUGUUUUUGUUUUUGUUUUUUUGUCUUUUUCCUUUUUAUCGGUACCGGGGAUCGAACUCACGACUGCCUGUUUACAAGGCAGGUGCUUAUGCUGCUGAGCUAAAUCCCCAGCCCCAUAAUGUUUUGUUUUGUUUUGUCUUUUUGCAGACGAGGUUUCACUAUGUAGUUCAGUUUGGUCUUGAACUGACUAUGUAGCCCAGGCUGGCUUCAAACUCAUAGCAGUCCUCCUGCCUCAGCCUCCCAAGUGCUGGAAUUACAGACAUGCACCACCACACCCAGCCAAAAGUAAUGUUUUUAUAAGGGAGUUUGCCAUUCCUGUGAAUUAACUUGAACUUGUUUGCAUCAUGAUGGCCAGAAUGAAUUUAUUCCCGUUAGAAUUAAAAAAUAAUUUGAGUAGUUUCAAUUCUUACUAGAAGUACUGUUUUUCUAGAUUAGAAAUUUGUACUUUUCCCCUAUCUUCUAUGUCUUUAUUUUAUUUUCCCAAAGAAAUUCUGUUUUUACAUGGAGUAAUAAAGGCCAAAUCUUCCUUUUUUCUCCCUCCCUGGAUGUUUUAAAUGGAAUGAAACAUCUGAAGAUUUCAACUCUUCUUUUAGACCUAUUUUUCCAUGUGUUGCUGUCUUUAAUUCUUAUAUCCUAUAUCAUAAUUGAAAAUACUGUGAAUCUUAUAUCUGAAAUAAUCUGUAAUGCCAGAAAUUAAAAUAUCUCCUGGGAGCAGGUCUCCUAUUCUGUGAAAUCACUUGUCUCCACUGAUAGGUAUUAUGUAUGAGACUCUGUUCCCUUAAGUAAAUUCUAAGUAUUUUUUAGUACCAGAUAACAUGCUUGGAAUUUGUGUAACAAAAUCGGAUUUAGACAUAGUUUAGAUGUAGCUUUUGAUACUUGAGACUCCUAAAUCCACUUGAUCAGUGUCUGGGAAGUAUGCUUUUAAAAAGCCUGCACUUCUCACUACUGAGAUAAAAGUUUAAAAAGAAGGGAACAGAAUUAGCUAUACUGUGUUUUACUGACAUAAUGCAGUUAAUGCUCAAAGUAAUCCUAUGAGGUAAUAGCAGUAAUACUAAAAAUGGCCAACUUUUUCAAUGUUUAUGUGCUUAAAUUAAUCGACUCAUCUAAUCCUAUGACAACCCAUGAAAGUAGAUGCUGUUGUUACCUUUAUUUUAGAACGGAAGAAACAGUUUCAUUGAGGCAUCCUGACACAUCUUCAUAGACUCCAUUGCCUCUAGUAGGUGUGAUUUUACCACAUUUUAUAGACAAGGAAACCGAUGAGCCCAAGGUUGUAAAUUCCAGGACCACUGUUUAUUCCAUAUCCUAGACUGUCUUCACUACAUCACAUGCACUGCAUUUAUUAUGAAAAGUUGGAACAUACUGGAUUAUACAAGAGGCAGUAACAAUAUUGAAUUCAUAAUUCAAGGGAAAGUAAUUGGAUUUUUUCAAAAGAUCAUGCAUUUGAUCUCAGAGCAGAUUUAAAUAGUAAUUACUUGCUGAGGAUAUUGCCCACUGAUUGAGAGGAAUCACUCAUUUGGUAGGUCUAAUCCUGAGUGAAUGAGUUACUACCAAGGCAGAAAUUGAAAGAUAAUUUUUCACUUGGGCUGCGUAACAGACUACUCCAAAGCUUGCCAAUUUAAAACAACUUCUACCUUGUAGAUCAUGAUUUUUCAAAUCAAGUGUUAAGGGAGGGCUUUCUGGGCAGCUCUGCUCCCUACAGCAACCAGCUUGUCUGGGGGUGUAUUCAGCGGAUAGUUGGACUGGUCUGGUAGGUCCCAGAGAUCUCACAGCUAACAGUUUGGGGCAAUCAAGGUCAGGCUCAGGGGGCUCCUCUACUUCGAGUCUCAGGACUCUUAUAUAUUCUUUCUGUAAGGAUCAUUUGACUUGUAGGGCAGCUCAUGCCUUCCCAGAAGCUGGGUGGAAAGUGCCAGUCCUCUUAAAGGCCGGACCUAAAACUGUCAUAUGGUUAUGGCCAUACUAUUGAUCAGCUACGAUGUGUAGGAAAAGAAAUGAUACCUCGUUUUAUGAAGGCAUUUCAGAGAUUUGGGGCUGUCUUUAAUUUCCUAUAAGUCACUUUAGAGGUUUUUUUUUUGGUUUUCGUUUUUUCUUGACUCACCUGUGGUCAGUUCAUAGUCCUAUAGAAUUCAUUGACUAUUUUUAUUAUGGAUCAGUGAAGGAUCCCCAAGGAGAAUGAAAUGGAUGCCUGCAGCAGAUUAAGCUACUCACUUCUCCCAUUUUUUUUUUUUUUUUUUUUUUUUUUUUUUUUUUUUAGACGGGGUCUUGAUGUGCAGUUCAGGCUGGCCUUGAGCUCACUUUGUAGCCCAGGCUGGUGUCGAACUCCCAAGGAUCCUCCUGCCUCAGCCUCCCGUGUGCUGGGAUUACAGGCGUGAGCCACCACACCCAGCUCUCAUGUUUCUUUUAAGGCAAACUUUGCAUUUUUCUGUUUUGUACCCUGUUUUAAGUUGUGAUCAUUUACCUGUAUUUGCUGUGAAGCCACAGAUACUGUACAUGCUGAGCCUCAUAUACUCCAUAGGGAGUAAAAUAACUUACUGUCAGAGAACUUAUUAGAGAUGUCAUGUGCAUUUUAAGUUUCUGAAUAAAUGACUGUGGUGUGGAAAAAUGUAGCUACUGAAUUACUCAACAGGAGUUUCUGUCAUGAGGCCAGAUAAGUUACACUGUUGAGAUUUUGGUCUUGAUGACAAAUUGGUUCAUCCUGUUUGUAUUGCAUACCAUAGAGGAAAAUCUUUUGCCUGACUUUACAUGUUGCAACUCAAAGUUCAGCAAUCGCUACCAGCCUCUCAUUCAAAAAAAAAAAUUAAGUUUUUUGUUUUGAUCUAGACUUGUCUGAUUUGAGUCACUUUUAUAUAAACCCUUGCUAUCUUAUAAUGAGAGGGAAAAAAGACUUCCUGCCUCAAGCACAAAUAUGGGCAGAGAAUGAAUUCUGCUCUGUGAAUGAUCAUCCCCAAAACAGAACCCCUGGAAAAGAAGAGUUUUUAAGGUUAUCCAUUCCAUGUGCUGUGGUUUCCUGGAGAAGCAGUCCUGACGGCUUCUUGCUGAUCCUCUCCAGUGCCCAUGCAGUGAAUAGAUCUCUGUUCCUAAGUCAGGCCUCAGGAAUUGCAAAUACAGGAAAUAAAAGAGAUUCUCACAGCCAGAGACUUGAUUUGGGGCUCUGCAGAACAUUGGGAAGGGGGAAGGACACCUUGGCAUUUGCAGGUGGAUAACUAGAGAUGGAAUGUUUGGGGUUUCUGUGUAUAACCAUCAAUAAGAUUAGGGGAUGGGUAGGAGAGUUUUACUAAAGGUAGCAAAAGAAACAAGAUCUGAAGAACAAGUAUGUGCCAAGUAAAAGGAGGGAAAAAAGGACACCCUACAGUACGAGGGUGGGCUAUUGUGAAGAGAGCACAGAGUGGCCCAGUUAGAUUUUAAUAUGUAGUGGUUGGGGCAAAUUUUUAAUGAAUAAAAGUGCUUUAAACUUUCCCCUUUGAGCCGCAUCUUCACCCUGUUAGAAUUAAUCCACCUUCAAAGUCUUCAUUUUAUGCAGAGAAAAGUUUUGAAAAUAUAGUUCCAGGGAAUGAAAAUCUUGUGAUAAUCUAAGAAAAUCUCAUACUUUCUAUUACAUGUCUUUGAGCCCCUCCUCUAGAUUCUCUGUGAUCCUAAGUUUGAAUUCAGGCAGUGGUUGCAUGGAAAAUAAACUCUGUGGUCUUCAAUUACAAAAGAGAACAAGGUCAGAAAAAGAGAAUCUCGUAGAUUGACAGAAUAUUUUGUUUCUUUUGAGUAUCAUAAGCCUAAACCAUUUCAAGCCAAUCACAGCAACCUAAGUGAAGCAGGCACAUCUUGAAGCAGGUGGCAGUGACGUAUUUUAAGGACAUAUUUAAGCUGCUGAGUUUCCCAUACAGUUACAGAAUCCCAACUAUAGUGGUUAAGAGCCACUCAAAAACUGAAAUGCUAUGCAGGGAACAAAGCUUACAGUGCGUUUCCUCUGGAAACCAAGAUGCUAAGACAGAGGUCACUCAAAGUGUGGCUCAAAGCCACCUCUGGAAUGGCUAUCAGAUAGCAGAAAUAUUUAGAAUUUAUGUAGUAUUUCUAAUAUUUUUACAGAAAUAAUUGUAUACGUUGAAUUUUUUUAAAAAUCUGCCUGUUUUCUUUUUUGGAAGACUGGCCCAAUAAAAAUAACACUAAUAUAAUUCAGUUGUAUAUGCAUGUGCAUUGAACACAGAAUGGUAUACUAAUGAUAGUUCACACAAGUAAGUUUUGUGGGGAAUUCUGCUAUUUUCGUAAUAUCUUUUGUCAUAAGUGUAUGUCUAUAAAUAUAUUUACUCAUUCAUCAUGACCUUGAUAGCAUGGAAGCAUUUUGUUAGCUGUAUUAUUGAUUCUAAAAAUGAAAUUCUUGGCAAAGUAGGCUGUGAGAGCAUCUUGUUAACUUUGUAUUUUGGCUAAGAAAUUCUUGCACUUUAUAUAAAAAUGUUUAACACAGUGUAUCCACUUAGUGAAGCUAUUCUUUAUAGAGACCCAAGAUUUAGGUGUGGAGUAUAUGUUUAAAACCCUGCCAAAAAGAGGGACCUCAAAAAAAGAAACUUGGCUUGCAUCUACCUGAGAAGAGUGGGGAUUAAUACAAUAUUUCAGUUGAAAGUAGCUGUUGUUAUAAGCAUACUCUAGCUGUGAAUUACAGUAUUGCCAUGAGUUGCCCGGCUAUGUGUGAGUUUGAGUGUAUGUGAGAAAAAAGGUGUCGAAUGAAGGCAGAUAAAGUCAAUGUAGAAUAUUCUACCUCCCACGAACGACUGAGCAUAUUUCAGGCUGGUUUGCAGCCUGGGCAGGAGCCCAGCUCCUCUGCCACCUCUCCCCUGUGCUUUUCUGCAUAGUACUCACUUCAGCCCCUUACCUCUGAGCCCUGGGCUGAAGCACGAGUGUAGCUUUCUGUAGCAAGCGGAGGAAAUCCAGACCUACAGUACAGAGGCUACAGUAGCUGAAAUUCUUGUCAGGUGCAGAUGCUAAUGUUUGAUUUUAUUGCCUACAUCAGUGGCAGAACACAGUGCUUAGUGCUUUUAUCCACUGGCUUCUAUUUGGCAAGAGUAGCUGGUGGAGUCUUUGUUUUUAGAAAUGUACCCACUCUUUUAAUGAGUGAAACAUUUAUUUGAGUUUGUUUUCUUUCUUAAUCACCUUUUGUAAUUCAUCGUUUAGGGUCUGGAAUAUUAACCAUAUUUUCCUGAUAAAGAGCCUCCCACUAAUGUUUUAUAUGGAGGUGUGGGUGAUGGGAUUUUCAGAGGAUUUAUUUUGCUUUUAAUCACUCCAAAGAGGGAUACUCUUGUUUAAUGCUGAUACUUGAAUGUUACAGGUAGAAGAGAUUUCAUUUCAGUAGUAAAAUACUAUUAGGCAAACCUGAUCUCAAAAUGCAGUACUGCAUUCAGUGGAUUUCCUCUUCGGGGUCAAAUCGGCUUGCUGACCUUGUGAACAUUUGUUACAGUAGAGAAGGGAGUGUUGCUUUAACACUUACCCUAGCAGCGAGCGCAUUCAGCACCUUUUCAUUCUCAUCCCUGUUGGGAAGACCUAAACAGAGAUCCCUGGGGACCUGUGACAGUGAGAGAGGGAUCCAUUUGGGGUUGCAACCUGUGUUUAGAUACCAACUAAUAAGUAUUUACUUUCCUGGGACUUUGAGUAGGGUACAUGGAGAAUACAGAGAAUGGUAACAUUCCAAAUAAUGAGACAGACAUUAUUCACACAUGACAACUGACAGAAUGAGAUCUGCCCACAUACAGCGUGAGCCUGUGGGUAGUUGAGGUGGUAAACCAUACUAUUCGCUGCAACUUUUUCUUUUAUAACUGUAGUUCUCAGCCUAUAAGCCAUCCUACUGUAAUAGUAUCAGGAAUUAAUGUCAGCUUAGGAAAUAUUUCCCUCUGGCUUACCAUUUGUGCCCAGAGUCUUCUAGGCUUGCCCCGUGAUGUUUCACUGUAACAUGUACUUCAGGUUCAGUCUUACCUAAAUCAGGGUGGGUGGAUGUUGCUGCCUUUUGUGGUCAGUGAGUGGGGAUUCUGUUUAUUUAAAAAUAGAACAGUGAGACAUGAUUAGGCGAUUUCAUCAAGACCUAUCAAAUCCAUGAGUCUGGGAGGAAGCUGUGGAGGCUUAUUUGCCUUUGGCUUGGUUGGACAGUGGCACUGAGCUUUGUAUUACAGAACCAUUGGCCUGCACCAGUAAUGCUCCACCUGGCUGUGCGUUAGAACUGCCUGGGACUGCUGGACCUUCCAUUUCACUGCUGUGCUGCCAGGAGUUUUAAAAGCCCCCAGUGGGCUGAAAGGUAUAAAGAAGGUACCUAGAGUGCACAAGGCCCUGGGCUCAGCAUCCAGCGCAAUGAGUUGAAGGUGCAGUCAGAAGCGGAUCACUGCCUCAGUAAUCUUUGGGGGUCUUUGGCAGCUGGUUAUAUGAUACCUUUGUUGAUUUCCCAAGCAUGGCUCUCAGUUUAAUUUAUUGAAGGCCAGGGUUCAGGCAGUAAAAUGAAUCAUCUGUUUCUCAGAGUAAUUGUAGAGGGCGAUACUGUGAUCUCCAGAUUCCUCGCUAUAGCAAACACAAUGUACAUAAGUAACUAGAACAAAGUUUCAAAAUCUGGUCUCUAGAAUCUUCUUUCCUUUGCAUGUGCGACUGAGUGGAGAGUUCUCAGAUUUGCUAGCUGAAAUGGAGCGCUUGAAUGCAUUAAAAGAGCCAAGCUGCUGGGGGUAAACAACGGGAGCAACGUUACGGUUGAUGGAGAAAAGGAAGUUAUCCUGCCUGAGAUGACUGCGAUACCUUGAUUAUUGUCUUCUCAUCUGUCUUCUAAGUGGGAUUUCUAAGUGAUUCACUGUUCCUUGUGAAUGAAAUGUACUUGCUAAGGCUUAAAUAUUUCUGGGUAUUAUGAAAUGUGAAAUGAGUUAUUGAAGCAUCUUUGUCCUAGUAUCACAAAAGAUCUAAGCCAGUCAUUCCAAAAUGAGCUUCUUGUCUUUCCUUCUUCUCACCCCUGGCAGAAAAGAAGUUACAGUGGCCACUGUAGUUUGUCUCCUGCCUAUAGUAUCUCUUGUCUAGUAAUAGGUAGUGGGGAGUUGUUUUAUUACUCAUUAAAAAAAAAGCGAGAACCACUGUUCAGACUAAGUAGCUACCAAGUGACUUCUGAUCCAUGAAAGAAAUGUGUAUUUAAGAGCAAGUUCAUGUGUUGCAGUCUCUUUUCUGAGCAUAUUUUGGACCCUGUAGAAAAUUUCACUGAUACAUGGCCUAUUGAUCAUUUGGAAUUUAAAGAGGUGGUGUAUGCAAGAAGAAAAGGUAGAUUGAGGGAGAGGUUGGUUCUUAGUUCAGAGGAUCGUAUUACAAUCAGACUAUGAAGUUUUUCAUAGCCAUUAGGCCUUGCUGUUGCUUAAUAUGUAAAUGCUGCAGUGUCAGAGGCAAUGCCUCCUAUGCCUUAGAAAAUCUGCUGAAGGCUUCCUAUCUAUGGGUGGGAUAGAAAAGCAAUAGCCUUUGGGACUCCAAAAAGAGUAGCCCCUGGGGGUUUUCAUACUGAAGAAGAUUAUAGAGUACUGUGAACUGUGUUGAACUUUAUGCAAUUAUACUGCACUGAAUUUUAAGAUUUCAUGGGGGAGAGGAGGAGGAUAGGGAAGUAAGACUAAAUGUACAAGCAUCUGCCUGCUACAAGCAAGGAAUAAAACAAAUUCCUAAAAGGAAUUCCCUACCAGGACUGUGAAGUUAAGUCAACUUCCUCUACCUGAAUGGGCUGGCUUGCUGAUUCCCUCUAAGCCUCUAAGAAAUGCUUUCGGAAACAGCUAGAUACAUAUUAGCCUGGCUGCAGUUCACUCCCUUGCUCCCAUCCCCUGCCCUUGACAGAAGAAAAGCAUCCCAAACUACAGGCAAAAGAGAUGUGUUUUAUCUGCCCAUUGGCUCUUCAUCUACUGUGAUCUGUGUUCACAUUUUUAGCUGCUGCACUAUUUUGUGCUUGACUGCAGAACUUAAAAGAUUUGCUAGUUCAGUCAGGAACCAAUGGCUUCCUCCUCCUCCUUUUAAGAAAUCUUAAAAUCAGUAAAAGGAGAAGUGCACUGGAAGGGCAUUCAGGUUUCCUGGUUCCUCAUAAUUUCAGGAUGGGACCCAUUCAUGCUCUGCCUCCAAGAGGUGAACAGAAGGCUGAGGAUUCACAGGUAGAAAAGUCAAUGUAGCAGAAAAUUGGUUUCCUUCAGAUGGACAUAGUCUGAAAGAAAUCUACCAACUGUUCUCUAUGGUGCUUAUAUGAUGGGUGACAAUCGUCUCCCGUCCACUUGUCCCUGGCACUGUGCCUUCCCCCUGGUCACUGUGAAAUGCAGAUCACACUGGACUCAGAGGCCAGAAUCCAGGACAAGUUCUCCCUUCUCAUUUGAGCCCAUCACUUCUUUCUACAGCUGAAAAUGUAGCAUUUACUUCUCUUUGAGAAACUUGGGGUCCCCCUCCAAGGAACAGUAAACUGUUUAAAAGAAAAAAGAUGAUAAUAAGACUCUGGUGGUAGCUAUCAGAUAAAGAGAUCAUAGGAAGAUUUCGCUCCCCCUCGGUUGAUACUGGUAACAGCAAGAAUCAACUGUGUCCACAUCCCCUGAGUUUCUAAAGGCUCCUGUAGCACUUGUAGCAGUUUCUCUCCACUUGCUAAUCAAGGAGGAGUCAUACUAAAACAGACAAUCAGUUUCUAAAAUGUAAUCCCUGAAAGGGAAUGACAUAGGGUAUUUUUAACUAUAGUUAAAGAGUUUGCCAGUCUGUUUUUAUCCUUUGGAGGAAAAGGAAAAAAAAAACCUAACAUUUGAAAUUUCUGGUUUUUUUUGUUUUUUUUUUUUCUCUUUUUAUUGGUACCAGGGAUCAAACUCACAACCGCCUGCUUGCAAGGCAGAUGCUUUUGCCGCUGAGCUAAAUCCCCAGCCCCUCUGUUGUUUUGUGUGCAGCAUUUAAUAUAACAGUGGAAAGCCAGUGGGCCAGGAGAGCACUCCCCUCCCACUGGCUUCCUGUGCUGAACUGGCUGCAUGCAUCUUACUCCCUAAGACGACCUGUUUUUAUUAUGACGUUAGUAUAAAUUUCCAUAUAUACAUGGAAUAGGAGUUUCUCUCACCCCACCCGUGUUUAAUCAUCACUUAAAUGUAAACCGCCACCUCUUCCCUCCCCCUUCACUGAAAAUAAUGCACUUUAAUUCCCAAGGAAAAUGGCUAGCUGGUCCUGGCCCUGAAGCCAGAGUACUUCAGGAGGAGAGCUGAGGAGGGGAACUCUUGGCAGACCUGUACAUUAACCAAGUUUCCUAAUGUGAACACAUAAAAUAACAUCCAUUUUUAAAUGGCCCCCACCGUCUCCCUGCCAAAGGAAAAAAGAAACAACAGCCAAAUUUAAAAGUCUUCAAGUGGCCUACCUUGAUUUUGAAAGUUUCACUGGUUUAAUUUAUUGUAUUUUAAAAUUACUUUUUUUUUUUUUUUUUGGAGACAAGGUCUCACUUUGUAUUUAAGGCUGGCCUUAAACUCUGCAAUCUUCCUGCCACAGCCUCUCAAGGGCUGAGAUUACAGAAGUGUACCACUACGCCUGGCUAAAAUUAGCUGAGGGCUGGGGAUGUAGCUUAGGGGCACAGUGCCUGCCUGGCAAACGGGCGGCCCUGAGUUUGAUUCCUGGUACCAAAAAAUAAAAAAAUUAGCUGAUAACUUACCAGCUACUAAAUUGUCAUAAGUUUCUGUGUUCAGUGGAGGCUGAGAUGUGUUUGAUUGAAAGUCAAGUGAAAACAAGUGAUCCAGAAUUGCAUCAUCUCCAAGUAUCAGGUCUGUUGGCCCUUACUUUGAUGCUGGGACUCUCCUCCUGCAGGUUCUGUCCUUCCCUCGACUACAAGCUAGUAGUCCUUGGCGGGUAGCAUGUCUCCUAGAGCCCCAGGAGCCCUGGAGGGUCGGGGUGGGGGGAGGGCGGGCCAGCUAGGGUUGGGGGAGGGAGAUUCAAAGAGAGUUAAGAGAUGGGUUUAUAUAAACAUAUUUAAAGCAGUUUAGCAAAAGCUUUCUCGUUGAACAGCUUUAAGAACAAUGUGAAUGAGAUCUUAGGAACUUGGUUAGUAAUCUGAAAAGUCUAUUAAUGUAUACUUGAAAUUCUGUUUGUAUAAGAAAUGCAUUUCCCUCUUUAUUUUAACACUGUGUAAAAGAACAUUAUGCAUGUGAGUGGUUUGAGAAUUAAAUGGUUAAUACUCAAA